AUGUCAGGGAAUUACGAUUACCCUCGUGCUUCUUCCUCUUCAACCCGCCGCUCCCGCAUAUCCCGUCAUUCUAGGCCUGACGAGCGCCCUGACAUCCUCCGUCUCCAGCAUCUCCGCAAUCUCGUAUCGGAACGAACUCGCUCCGGUUCUUACAACGCCUACAACACCAACUUUGCCUUGGAAACAUUAAAUCGAGAAAUCGCUGCGCAUUCUCUGGACCGAUCUCGCGAUCGUACCAACCUUGAGCAAGCUCGGGCCGACGUCGAUCGCCAACUGCACUCCGAGACAACUGGCCCCGCAGAGCCAACUCGGAGCAUUUGGCUCGACCAGAUUCGUUCAGAACGGGCUCGAACUUCGCUCUCCCCGGAGUCACAUUCCCUUCGCCAUCGUUUGCCCUGGCAAACGUUCCGACCGCCAAGCCCGGACGGAUCUUUAUCCAGGUCACCGUCUUUCAUGCCACCAUCCGGCCAGUCGGGCCGUGAUGGCCAAGGACGGAUGAAGCGUCGGAAGCUGGACACCGAUGAUAACCGCGAGGAAUUUCGAGGCUUCAACUAUGGUCAAUAUGGGCAAGUACUACCGGGAAUGCUGCAAAUGGAAAUCGCUAGCUGCGACGGAGGAAGCUACGAUCCGGAUAGCGGGUGUUCGCGCCCCGAGAACGUUUUGGACAACAAUACAAGCGUGUACUCUACCAGAGAAGCCCGCUGCAAUUUAGUCCUCUGUCACCGGGGCGAGGCCCCGUUCUGCUUGAAGAAGAUCGUUAUCAGAGCCCCUCAAUGCGGGUUCGACGCUCCAAUACAAGAAGGUAUGGUAUUCGUCGCGAUGACCUCUGAUGAACUGCUUGCCCGCACCGCCCAAUACCAAAUUCAAUACUCUAGCGGCCGAUACCGCCGUCGAGCCCGCCGCAGUGGCAUGCAACCAUCCCAGGAAUACCUCACUGGGUUCCGGCCACCACUUCAAAAUAUCGAACGCACAGUUCUCAUGAGCCCACAUUCAGCCGCUGUUCCGCAUACCGCAGAAGACCCGCAAGCGCAGUUCCGCAUCACCACCGAGUAUGACAAUAACGAAGAUUCUGGAGAUGACGAAGAAAGUUCUGCAUUUCUGGAGAGAACCCAAGCCGACCAGAUGGAAGAUCCUUUAUCGUCUACUGAUGAGAGUCCAAGCGAUGAGGAUGACUCUUCAAGACACCAGAGUCGCCGACAGGUUCAAUCGGAACGUUUGAGUGCCCUCAGCCGUGUUUCUGAGCAGAGACUACGCCAUAGCCCGAGUCUUGUGCAUCCACACCCCCUAGCCGAGCCUGCUCAUCCAACUGCCGAAGUUUUGAAGCCUCAUGCGCGCUUCUUCAUCGAGCGAGAGAAGAGCAUGGUUACCAUUAAAUUUGACCCACCCCCGUCUGGCCGGUUCAUUCUCAUCAAGCUGUGGAGCCCGCGAGCCCACGGGAAUAUUGACAUAGAAAGCAUCAUCGCACAUGGAUAUGCAGGUCCGCGGUUCUUCCCCAGUCUCGCUUCUCGUUAA